UCAACAAACAACUUUGACAGCUUGGUUCAAGAGAAUAUAAAUAAUCCCGCAACACAUGAAUAUAUGUAUCUUGACUUUUCUACUUACUAUACUUGGACACCUAAGCAUAAAUGGGCACCUAGACAAAUAUCAGCAAUUAUGCUUGCAAGACUUUACAUGGUACAACCUUUGGAAGGUGAAUAUUAUUAUCUUAGAUGCUUACUUACUUGCGCAAAAGGUGCAACUUCUUUCUAUAAUCUCAGAACCAUAAAUGGCCAUAUGUAUGUGACCUUCAAAGAGGCAUGCUUCCUUCUAGAUCUUUUUCAAGACAAUGCAGAAUGGGAUACAUGCCUGCUUGAUACAA